AUGUCGAACCUCAACUCAUGGGAGGAUGACCCUGCGGCGCAACAGGAUGAGAACCUCGCCCGGCAGGCUCAGCAGCAGCUCAACAUGAACCCCGCUCAGGCGCAAGGCUUCCAGCCGGGCGCCAACUCGUUCCAACCCGGCGCUGCGUCUUUCCAGCCCGGCGUGCAGUCUUUCCAACCUGGUCAGGCAUACGGUGGAUUCCAGCCCCAAUACCAGCAGCAGCAAUACUACCAGCAAGGGUACUACCCUCAAUACGGCAACCAGCAGCAGCAACAACAGCAGCAGCAGGGCUACAAUCAGUAUCAGCAAUAUGGUGGGGGGUUUAGCCAAGGCUACAACAACCAGCAAUACGGUGGUGGAUACCCCCAAUACGGCCAGCAGCAACAGUCGCAACCAGCAGCCCAGCCUGCUGCCUCAGCACCUCCCGCUGCUACCGAUGCGCCAAAGCCUGUCGUGACCAAGGAGGGUGGCACAAAGGUUCUCAGCAUCGGAGGCGACGCUUCAGCAUCCAAGCCCAAGGCUAAGGUCCUUUCGAUUGGAGGCGAUGCCACACCGCCGGCGAAGAGCACCAAGGACGACGUUAAGCCCGAACCCACUGACGCUCCCGAGGCUGGCCAGAAGACGACUGCGGCCAAGGCUAUCGAGAAGACUGGCGAGAAGACCGGCAAGGCCGCCUCUUCCAGCGGUAAGACCUCUGGCAAGACCUCGCCAACCUCUUCUGGACGUUCCAGCCCUGUCUCCGGAGAGAAGAAGGCUCAGCGGGAUGUCGAUGCCGUCACCAAGGAGCAGGCCGCCGAUGUUGAUGAGGAUACUCUCAAGGAAAUCUACGGCAAGGAGCACGUCAACAUCAUCUUUAUCGGUCACGUCGACGCGGGAAAAUCAACCCUGGGUGGCUCCAUCCUGUGGACGACUGGCAUGGUCGACAAGCGAACCAUGGAAAAGUACAAGCAGGAGGCCAAGGAUCUCGGACGUGAGUCUUGGUACCUGUCUUGGGUGAUGGAUUUGACCAAGGAGGAGCGCACCAAGGGCAAGACGGUCGAGGUUGGUCGAGGCUUCUUCGAGACCGAGACACGUCGCUACAGCAUUUUGGAUGCUCCUGGCCACAAGACCUACGUGCCCAACAUGAUUGGUGGUGCGUCGCAGGCCGACGUAGGUAUCCUGGUCAUUUCCGCCCGUAAGGGUGAAUACGAGACCGGCUUUGAGCGUGGUGGACAAACUCGCGAGCACGCCAUGUUGGCCAAGACGCAGGGUGUCAACAAGCUCAUUGUGGCCAUCAACAAAAUGGACGACCCGACUGUCGAAUGGUCUGAAGAGCGAUACAAGGAGUGCACCACAAAGCUGUCCCAGUUCUUGAAGGGUACUGGCUACAACUUGAAGACGGAUGUCUUCUUCAUGCCCGUGGCUGCGCAGAUGUCACUGAACAUCAAGGAACGCGUGGGCAAGGAAAUUUGCCCUUGGUACGAUGGCCCGUCCCUGCUCGAGUACCUGGAUAACAUGAAGGCACUGGAGCGCAAGGUGAACGCCCCCUUCAUGAUGCCUGUCAAUGCCAAGUACCGCGAUCUGGGCACCAUGAUUGACGGCAAGAUCGAGGCAGGCGUGUGCAAGAAGGGUAUGAGCCUGAUCAUGAUGCCCCGGAAGCAGAAUGUGGAAAUCUCGGCCGUCUACGGCGAGCAAGAAGAUGAGAUCCCGCACGCGCAGUGCGGUGACCAGGUCCGUCUGAGGCUCAAGGGCAUCGAGGAAGAAGACAUCCUGCCCGGUUUCGUCAUUUGCUCGCCCAAGCGUCUCGUGCACAAUGUUGCCGAGUUUGAGGCGCAGAUUCGCAUUCUGGAGCUCAAGUCCAUCUUGACCUCUGGCUUCAACUGUGUUCUCCACGUGCACUCUGCCAUUGAGGAGGUCACAUUUGCCGCACUGCUGCACAAGCUGCAAAAGGGCACGGGCCGCAAGAGCAAGAGCGCGCCCACGCACGCAAAGAAGGGCGACAGCAUCAUUGCGAGGAUGCAGGUUACUGGUGGUGCCGGCUCGGUCUGUAUUGAGAGGUUCGAGGACUACCCCCAGAUGGGUCGCUUCACACUGCGUGACCAGGGCCAAACUAUCGCCAUUGGCAAGAUUACCAAGCUCAUUACCGAUAACAGCGCCUAA